AUGCAGAAAUUUCUCCGCCGCGGCGCAGAGCUCCUAUCUCCGCGCACCGGCAGUCCCGCCACCACGGACGACGACGAGAAUUACGGCUUCAAAACAGCAUCGACACAGACCGCUUUGUUUCCCAAGGUUGAUCCCGCAGUAGACGGAAAGGCGGAUUGGGUUAGGGAUGUGGCGGAUGAGAAGGGGAGUGUGAUGGAGGCUAUUGAUAAAGGCGGUUUGACACCUACUAAUGGAAAUCUGAAGCUAUCUGCUUCUAAUAUUCCGGUCCCCGAUGAAUAUCAUCAUGCAGAAGAUGGCGCCAGACCUACCACAGUUGUCUUGCUACCCGCAUUCAAGAUCAUUGACCACGUCACCCCAGCCCUUGCGCCGGAUCUGAUCAAGUACUUUGUCAAUCCAUCGAUUACCACCACGACACCACUUCGUAGCAAUCCAUCAACAACAACAAUCCCUGCUAACGGGAUCAGUGAGCAAGAUUUAUCGUCACUGACACCACUCCGAUCCCGGCCCCUGCCUCAUGCAGCUGUCAUCCUCCUCUGCAGCCAAAAGACUCGCGACGCUCGCUGCGGCCAAUCCGCUCCUCUACUGAAACGCGAAUUUGAGCGCCAUCUGCGCACUCACGGUCUAUACAGGGAUUCCCACGAUGAGCGACCCGGUGGUGUCGCCGUUCACUUUAUCAGCCACGUGGGUGGUCACAAAUACUCUGCUAAUGUCAUUAUCUACCGACGACGAGAUUUUGAUUGGCACAAGAAGAUUGCGUCUUCGUCAACGGCGGCAGCAGCUACGGAGGAGGAGAAGGUUCAAGCUCAGCAGAGUCAAGAUGAAGGUGCGGCUCAGGGUAUUUGGCUGGCGCGAGUGCGUCCAGAGGAGUGUGAGAACAUCAUCAAGUUUACGAUUUUGCAGGGUAAGCUUGUGAAGCCGGAUCAGUUGCGAGGUGGGUUUGACAGAGAAAAGGGAUUGGUUAGUUGGUGA